UGUUACUUUACCGUUUACAGUUUACACUUUGCACUUUGCGCCUUGCGGCUUUGCACAUAAGGGCCGCACUUAGCUAGAAAGAAAUGUGAUUGUUUAUUUGGUGAUAGUGAUAAAACCUACCUAUUUUUAAACUUUUAUCAGUCUGUUACGUUAAAUAUAUACGGAAAAUAGAUAAACUCGGUGUUGUAAGGUAUUAGUAUAGAAAUCAAGUAGCCAUGGCCCGGAACUUAUUAAAAUUAGGCGCCCUAGAGGCAAAGAAAACAGCGUUUUUGCUAUGUGAUAUACAGGAAACAUUCAGACCGCACGUAAAACACUUCGGCGAAGUUGUAAAAGUCGCAAAUAAAAUGAUAGAAGCUGCCAAGCAUUUUCAAAUCCCAGUUUAUGUAUCGGAACAGUACCCAAAAGGUCUUGGCAAAACAACGAAGGACAUUAAUCUAAGCGAUGCAGCACUGGUAUAUGAGAAGACCACAUUUUCGAUGGUCACUCCGGAACUACAGGAACGACUAAAGAAAGAUGUUCCAGAGUUGGGCUCUGUUGUUUUAUUUGGAAUUGAGACUCAUGCAUGUAUAGAACAGACAGUAAUAGAUCUAAUGUAUGACGGAGUCACAGUUCAUGUGUUGGCUGACGGAGUUUCUUCAAGGUCUUUGAUGGACAGGAGUUUAGCUCUACAGCGUCUCCAAAUGAUUGGUUGUUUCGUGGGUACAUCAGAGAAUGUUUUAUUCAAGCUUUUGAAGGAUAAAAACAAUCCAGCAUUCAAAGCCAUCUCGAAACUCAAUUCGAAACCAACUCCGGAUGAAUUUGGUCUUGUGGAUUCCAAAAUAUGAACGUAUAUAAAAACUUAAGUGCAGGAUUAUGGGUAUUCAUUAAUUAAAAACAUUAUGAAAUGCUCGGAGUAAAUUGUUUAAUUGAAUAUCAGUGAAGCUUUGGUUGUUGUAAUCAAAAUCUAUAAGUUAUGUGAUCACAUGAUAAACUAAAUAAAACAAAAUUGGCAGUUGUAGAGUAGAAUUACUUUUAGUAUUAAAUUUUGAAAGUUUAGAAUGUUUAAAAGUAAUUAAAUUAUUAAUUUCAAUUUAUUUAAAAAAAAAUACAAUUUGUGUAUCAAUCAGAAACACUAUUUUGACAAUGCACCUUGUACUUUUUACUUAAUAUAUACUGCAUAUACAACGUGAACCAGAAAGGGUAUAACAUCCCUUCAAUGGUACGUUAUUUGGGUCAUAUGUAAUAGUAUGGUGAUGUUUAAGUUUUAAUAAAUAAAUAAAAAAAAAAGAAAAUACUUCCCUACGGAAUAAAAAUAUUACUUAUUUUUCAA